GUUACCUCUUCUUCUUGGUUUUCUUUUAAAUAUGGCAAGAUUUAGAUUUUGCAAAGAUAGCUACCUAGCUCAAAAUAAAUCUUUCAAUUACUUUUCUAUUGAGUCUUUCGAAAACAACCUCAGCUCGUUCCUUUUAUUACCGUUACUAAACACGUUAACAAUUUGUUGUUACUGUUAUUGUUAUUGUUGUUCUUCUUUGUGGCGGUACUUAGCUUAUCCUGAACGCAGUUUUUAUGAGCCGUCGAGCCGAUUAAAAAAACAUGGUGAGAUCAAGAAUACAGAUCAAGAAGAUAGAAAAUAUAGCAGCAAGGCAAGUAACAUUUUCAAAGAGGAGAAAAGGUCUUAUUAAGAAAGCUCAAGAACUUUCAACUCUUUGUGAUGCUGAAAUUGCUCUCAUUGUCUUCUCUUCUUCUGACAAACUCUAUGAAUUCUCCACUUCAAGGGUGACUCGAGUUAUUCAAAGGUAUAUGAGACACACAGAAAAACUUCCUGAUGAUGAGCAGCUUGAUCCUUAUCCUGUGUUUUUGGAGGAUGAUUGUGCUGUUGUAAGCAAGGAAGUUGAAGACAAAAGGCAAGAAUUAAGACGGUUGAAAGGAGAAGAUCUAGAAGGGUUAGGUUUUGAAGAACUUGUUAAGCUUGAGAGACAAAUUGAGAAAGCUUUUACUUGUGUUCGUCGAAUGAAGGAUGACAAGCUUCUGAGAAUGGUCACAGAUCUUAAACGAAAGGAAAACAAAUUGAUUGAGAACAACAAGGAUUUGAAUCAGAAGAUUAAGAAUGCCAUUGAAGGCAAAUCACAUGCUUCGGGGCAACAACUAGCACUAUUUCCUGAGCAUAAUCACAUUCCGAAUAAUAGUGUUUCUUUUGACACUAAUCUUAGACUAGGGUUUAUUUAAUACCCUUGAAUUCAACACUUAAUUAUUUGCAUUUUUUUUAACCCCUUUAAUUCAAUAAAAUAAGGUGAGGUGUAUGUAUAUUUAUACCAAUAAAAUUUGUUCUCUCUAUUGUAAACUUCGACCAUAUUUUUUGUUUAGUUUACGUGUCAAUUGUUUGCACUUUGUAGAAAGAGAGGACAACAAUAAUAAUGCAAAUGAGAUUUGAUCC